AUGUCAGAUUCCUUGGAGUUGAGCGGUAUUGUCCGCGAGCUGUCACACGCUUUCGCCGUGGACUUCUCGCCACCUCAUUCCCCAAUGUCAGGCGCGUCUCAUGACGUCUGGCUCAUCGAAAAUCCUGCAAAUGGCGAGACUUGGAGUAUUAGAAUCGCCAAGAAUGAAUUCGCAGAUACUCUGAGUGAUCGAGGAACGACUAUUCUUCGAUAUCUCAAAGAGAGGCGCCCGAAGCUCCAGGUUCCCAGACUUCUUUGCCAAUCAAAGCAAUAUUCCGUUUUCCAGUAUCUUGGCGGAGAGCCAAUUGAUUAUUGGGACUCCAAUAAGCUUUCGGAUCAGAAGAGACAUCGUUUACUUGACAGUUUGGCUGUAUUUCUGUUUGAAAUGUGGACUUGUCCUGUGCCAAGGAGUGCUUGCUCCGUUGAUUAUAAGAGAUGGCUACAGUCGGAGGUUGACUUGGCGAUCAUUCGGUCAUUGGAAGGCGAUCCAGGCUGGGGAGACCUGAUCACUUUUCUCCACCGACGAGCCGCCGUAGAUGAUGUUGUUCCAGAAGGUUCCUUCCCAAGAGCAGCCAUCAAGCACGGCGAUCUUAGUGCUUGGAACGUUUUGAUGGAUGACAAGGGAAUCUCCGGCUGCUGUACUGAGGCCCGAUGUGACAGAGUAAUCGACUGGGACACGGCGCAGUUUGUCCCAAUGCCAGCUGCCAUUCAUCAUCCUCUCUUCAUUGCCGACAUACCAGGCUGGCAGAAUGCCGUUCCAGAAAACAUGACCUUUGAGAAGGACCGAAAAUAUCUCCAAAAUGCCAUUGCUAAGAUAGCUGGCAAUUCGAACCACCCUGACGCUCAGAAUGUCUCUCGACUCAUAUCAAAUUGCUUUGAGCGACAGUUCUUUGAACUUUCACUCCGUAGUAAGCUUACAAACGAUCACUACAUCGAGGCAAGAGUAAAAAUGUCCAUGGUUGAGAAAGUAGUACUUCAAAAGCAACUGGGAGCCUUCCUUGCCAUCUAUACAGGACUGCGAACGAAUCCAACCAUUCUAGUGCUUCAAGAACGCAUGAGACGGACAGAAGGGGUCAGCGUACCAAUAAUGGAAGGCCAAAAUCUCUCAUAG